UGUGUAUGUUCAAUAAAUUCUGCUGUACCACGUGGAAAUUCUUUAACAAACGCAGAAUGACCCUCCUCGGCGGAAAGCGAAACAACGACGCAACAUAGGAAAAGACGGUUUUAGCUGGAAAUUAGGAUGUGCCUGUCGACGUGGUGCUUAUUUCUGUGCGUGACUGUUGGAAUCGCCAAAGGUUUUGAAUGCAGUGCAGGGUGCAACCUAGAGAACGGGUACUGUGAAAAACCAGAGGAAUGCAGGUGCCAUCCAGGCUGGCAAGGUGCCACCUGCAACCAGUGUGUUCCCUUCCCCGGCUGCUUGCAUGGCUCCUGCCAGCAUGCCUGGCAGUGUGUGUGUGAGGAUGGCUGGGUAGGCAGCCUGUGUGACCACAACACAAACCUGUGUUCGUCCAAGCCCUGCUCUGGUAAUUCCACUUGCAUAGAGACAGGAGAGGGGGGUUACUUAUGUGUGUGUCCACCAGGCUACGCAGGGGACAGCUGCCACUUGAGAAAGAGCCUGUGUUUGACUGACAGUUCUCCUUGUCAGAACGGAGGCUCUUGUAGGGACUCAGGGGGCUGGGCAGCCACCCCCUCCUGUCUCUGUACCCCUGGGUUCUCCGGAGACUUCUGUGAGAUGGGUGUCACUGACAGCUGCCAGUCCAACCCUUGUCUCCACGGAGGGAGCUGCACAACAGACAACCACAACCAAACAUUCAGAUGCUUUUGCACUGCUGGAUUUACUGGGCCAACCUGCAAUUCCACAGACGCCUCCCCCUCCUUUCCUUCCUCCUCUUCACCCUCUUCCUCACCGCCCUCUUCCUCCUCCAGCUCUUCCUCCUCUUCACGCUCCUCCACAUCCUCAUCCGCCACAGAAGCUGUCUCUGCCUGUGCCAGCCAGCCUUGUGCACACGGUGCCAGCUGCGUACUUCUCACAGACGGAACCAUCCACUGUGUUUGUCAACCGGGGUUUUCAGGAGCCACAUGUACCCACCAGCACAAGGCCAAGAAAGCUAAGAGGCCAGACGGACGAGCCUUCGAUUCCCAGGGUCACGGCCAGGGCCUCCCUCUUCCCCCACAGCACUACUCUCUCCCUGCCCAUGCUUUCCACAAGCUACUGCGUCCACCAGAGAGGGACCUGCUGAAGAUCACCCUGAGGGAGAGGGUGCAGGGCUCAGGGGGCCUGGUGAACCAGGGACAACUUCUCUGCUUCGGCCUGCUGGGCCUCCUCACCUGCCUGGUCAUCCUGGGGACCACGGGCAUCGUGUUCUUUGGCCGCUGCGAAGCGUGGCUGGCCAACGCUCGCUACAGCCAGAUGGUGCACCACCAGAGGGAGCAGCUGCUGAGGGAGGUGGGGAGGGAGGGGGAUGAGGGCGGACACUCAGUCAACAUCAUCCUGCCAGAGAAGAUCAAACUCACCAGCUUUGGAAGACACUACACUUCCAUUUGACUCCAGGACCCUCUGGUUGCUUUUUCCCUUUCUCUCCUGAAUGUGUUUUGAAUGACAAAAGAUUGUGGCCCUGGACCUAAUUAAAUAGUGCAUUAACACUGUGUGACUCUGUGUUUGAAUGUAAGGACUAAAAAGUAUUCAGUGAUGAUACAGUUCCACCAGUGUGAAUGGCUACAGUGACAUAUUUAGAAAUACUUCACCAAACUACACAACAGUGUGAAUAGAAUUCUGAUAUACUGCAUUUUUGUGGACUGUGCCCAUUGUGGAAACUAGACUAGAAUGUUCCCUUGGAAGAUUGGAGGGUCCUGUCUGGUUCUGAAGGUGAACUGGAGGUGAAUGUAUGAAUGUCAAAACACGUGGAUUUUCAGGAUUUAAUCAAGCCUGCAUUCAGUCAUGACAGUAUUGUUUUAUUUGAGAUGUUAACUUAAUUACGAUUUUAGUGUUGUUGGGUGGUAUGAUGUACUGUUAGUGCAGCUACAUUCUUUGUCUUGAAUCUAUUCUUGUUCUUCGUUUGUCUUUGAUAUCCUUUAGCCUUCGGGGCUGAAGCUUUAACUGUACUUUGUACUGUAUUUUUGCAUUUCAUCCACAAUUUAUCCUUUUGGGAAUGUAAUUCAAAUAGUAAUUUAACUAUCGUUUUCUCCUUUAGAGACGUGUGUUUAUCUGAUUCCUGCAGUCCUCUUGACUUGUUGUAUUUUUGAGAACGGUCCCACUGUAUGGGAUGUGUUUGAGGAUUCAUACGCGAUAUUAUGGGAUGUUUGAGGUCAAACACUUCUCUCUGGGAUGUGGGUGGCUGUUGUUUAUAGCUCAGCCUCUUUUCAGGAAGAAGCUGAGGAAGGAAAAAUGGGAAGGUUAUGUUCUGGAAUAUUAAUCAUAAGAAAAUGACCUACAUGAUGAGUGAUCAUAAGAACAUAAUAUUCCAAAAGUCAUACAAUGUAUAGUAAAUAAUAUACAUGUGAAGUUUGGAUGUGACAGUUUCAUUAGUAAAGUCUGUUUGUUCAUAUACAGUGAAAGAUUACUUUCUUUAUGACAGUGAACUCAUGCGUAGAUAGGAUAUUGCCUUUGCUGUAUUUUUCCAUUGCCUUUCAUAAUAAAU